UUCCCCUUCUCUUUUGACCUUGAGGAUUCCAUGUGAUGAUUUGCCUUGUGACACAGUUGGAUUCUUUCCUCAAUGUGUUCUAUGCAAUACAUUUAUAAUCUAGUUUGAUUGUAUAUUCACAUAUAUGAUUCCGUUAAAUGAAAUGAAAGUUAUUUAGAAAGAAAGUAGAAUAUUAGAUUCAAUAACCAACUAACUACUUAAAUUAGGAUGAUAAUUAAAGUUUGUUUUUAUACUUUACACAUUUAAUGGUCAUUUAAUAAGAUAAAUUCUGUAUUGAAUAUUAUAAUUAUUAUGUUUAUUUGAAUUUGUUUUAUUAAUUUACAUUGAAAAUUGAAAUCAAAUGUCUCAACAAAAUUCAAUGUACUUUUAGAAUCAUUUAGGUUACCUAUUCAAAUGAUGUAAAUAUACAAAAUGUUUACAUUAGACUGAAUACUUUCAGAAGGGGUUUUGUGAAUAUUAUAGUAAUUUCAAUGGUUGAGAUCAUGAGUCGGCUGAAGCGAGACCAGCAUGGAAAACUUGGAAGCACUGGACAGUCGUUUCGACCUAUCAUGGGACUUCUAAGCAGUGCGCACCCACGAUCUCGCCCCCGCGAGAUUUGGACCCAGGACCUAUCAGUCUCGCGCUCUAGCGCUUAACCUUUAGACCACUCAGUCAAUGUACUUUCAGAACUAUUUUGUUACCUAUUCAAAUGAUGGAAAUAUACAAAAUGUUUACAUAAGACUGAAUAAUUUCAGUUGUAGUGACUAAUAGAAUAUAAUGUAAAUCUAAGAGAAAGGUAAAAAGUUCAGUGACCUUAAUAAUGUUAUUGAUAAACAUUGUGUAUCGAUGUAUAUAUUUUCUAAAAUAUUGUUUGUAUGAAUCUUUAUUAAAAAAGAAGUAUGUGUGAAUGUUUGUUGUUGUUGUCUGGGUACAAUAAUUUCGUUUGUUUAAAGAUUAAUUAGGUGGUCAAAUGAGCAGAAAUGAAGGUUUCUUAUGAAAUAAACUGAUUAUUUAGAUGCGCCACCGUACACCAUUGUCUUCAGUGGGUUCCUAUCUCACAACAGACCUGGUUGAACUCCACUGGUAACGACUUCUCACUAGAACUCCAGGAAUAUCUGAAGUCAGUCACUAGUGAGCAGAAUGGGUUUUAUGGAGAUUUUUUAUAAAUUUCACUGGUUGUAAUCAACCAGUACAGUGGAGCAACUUCCCUGUCAGUAGUUGCAUGCACGUGACCAUGUGAGAGUAUUUCGGGAGGAAGAGCUGACUCUUCCCACUCUCGGCCAUACCAGGGCAUUUGGGGGAAAGAACUCAAUAAAUAAUGUGAAACUAAAAAUGUGAUGUUACAAAGGCCUAUAUGUUAAAUAGAUGUAUGGAAGUGAAUGAUUUGACAGAAAUCUAAAUCAGCUAUUCCCAGUGAUUAGCUUAUGGGAAUUAGUUAGAGUCUUUCAAAUCACACAACAAACGUUCACCAUUACUAUAAAUGAAUGCGUAACACCUAAUCACGGUGUUAUUCAAACAUACGCUACAAAAAAUCCUUCAUUAUAAAAUAUUAAAAUGUAAAACGAUGAGUAAAUGUCUUUCAUCAUCUAUAUACUAUCAAUUAUUCACAUCUAGUUUCAGUAAACAGUAUAAACUAAUUUACUUGAGAAAUAAUUUACAGUAUAGGGACUUGUGGAGAAUGUAGUAGUUUCACAGUUGAAUUCACGAAUCGAUUUAAGCUAGACUACCCUUGGAUACCUACAAGUACUGAAAGGCAUUUUCGCCGUAGUACGGGACUCCUCAGAAGUACCCACCCACGAUCCCACACGCGGGUUCCAAGCCUUACAGGAUCUACUGGAAGUAAAAGAAGCUGCGACGGAGGACAAUUGGAAAGGGAUCAAAGAAGCACUAAUGUGAACGUGUUAGGAGGUUCUGGAUCUGAAGAGACAUCAUCAUAGGAAUUGGAUUUCUAUCGAAACCCUGGACAUGAUUCAAAAAAGGAAGAAGAAGACAACAAUUAACAACAGCCGAACAACAAGAAAGAAAUUUAAGGUAUAAGUUAAAUACACAGAAGCAAACAAGCAAGUGAAGAGGAGCAUUAGAGAUCACAGGCAGAAAUACAUAGAAGACCUAGCAACGACAGCGGAUAAAGCUGAAAGAGAAGGAAAUAUGAAAAAAAAACUAUACGACACAACGACGAAACUGGUGAUGAAAUACAAUAAACCAAAGAGACUGGUCAAGAACAAACAAAGCAAGACAAUCACUGAGAUUCAAGAAUAGAGGAAAGUUAGGUAGAACACUUUGAGGAACUCUUGAAUAGGCCAGCCCCAUUGGAUUCACCGGAUAUCGGAACAGCACCUACAGAUCUUAUAGCUGUCACCAUACCAACGAUCGGAGAAAUCAGGAUGUCCGAUGAUCAGACAAGUCGAGCGUGAGAAAGCAGUAGGACCUGACAGCACACCAUCUAAAGCAUUGAAGUCAGAUACAGAAGUAAAUGCAAAUAUACUACACGUUCUAUUUAGGAAGAUUUGGGAGGAGGAACAAGUGCCACUGACAGACUGGAAAGAAGGAUAUUUCAUCAAGAUACAAAUGAAAGGAGAUCUGAACAAAUGUGACGACUGCAGUGGUAUCAUAUUUCUGUAAUUACCAGGAAGGGUUUUCAACAUAGUGUUGCUGAACGGAUGAAGGAUUCAGUAAGCACUCAUCUUCGAGAUCAACAGACCGGAUUCCGUAAGAAAUAGGUCGUGCACAGACCGAAUCGCGACAACACGGACCAUCGUUGAUCAGUCAGUUGAAUGUAAUUCUUCACCAUCAACCAACUUCUUUGACUAUGAGAAGGCGUUUGAUAACGUGGAUAGAAGAACCUGAUGGAAACUUCUUCGACGCUAUGGUGUGAGUAGCUAGAAAUAUCGUCAAUAUCAUACGGAAUUCAUAGGGUGUAUUACACUUCAAAAUUGUGAAUAAAGGACCGGAGUCAGAUAGGGCUGCCUACUCUCACUCUUCCUCUUUCUUAUAGUGGUUGACUGGAUUAUGAAGACCUCGACAUCUGAGGGGAAGCAUCGAAUAAAAUUGACAGCUCGUAAUAAAUUAGAAGAAUUGUACUUCAUAGAUGACCUAAAUCUUCUAUCCCAUAUACAUCAACAAAUGCAGGUGAGAACAGCCAAUGUAGCAGCAACCUAUGCAGCAGUACGCCUCAACAUACACAAAAGAAAAACUAAGAUCAUCGAAUACAGCACUUGAUGGAGAAGAUCUCUAAGGGGUGGGGACAUUCACUUACUUAUCUGGACAGUAUUAUUGAUGAACAAGGAGGAUCUGAUGCAUAUGUUAAGGUACAGAUUGACAAAGCAAAGAUAGCAUUUCAACAGUCGAACAACAAAUGGAACUCAAAACAACUGUCAACCAAUAUCAAAGUCACAAUCUUCAAUGAGAACGUCAACACACUUCUACUGUAUUGAGCUGAAACUUCGAGAACUACCUCAAUCAUCAUCAAAAAUGUACAAGUGUUGGUAAACAAUUGUCUACACAAGAUACUCAAUGUCUGUUGGUGGGAUACUAUCAGCAACAGCCUACUAUUUGGAGAGAACAAACCAGGUUCCAUGUGAAGAGGAGGUUAGGGAAGGAUUUCGGAGAUGGAUGAGAUAUACAUCACAGAAAUCAUUAAACUGCAUCAUGAGACAAGCACGAACUUGGAAUCGUGAAGGUGAACGGAAAAGAAGAGGACUAAAGAACACACUACGUCAGGAAUCGGAAGUAGACAUGAAAAGGAGGAAUAGCAACUGUAAGUAACUAGAAAGGAUUGACCAGGACAGAGUUGGAUGGAGAAUGGUGGUGGAUGGCCCAUGCUCGUCGAGGAGGCGUGACAAGUGUAAGUAAGUCGGGUAUUGGAUCACAAUGAACAACAUGGGGAAAAUAAGGAAUUGAGUAAAUUCUAUACGAAACUGUACAAAGCGGAUGAGAAUAAGCUUCGACCUGGUAUAGAUUACAAACUCAAUUUACAAGAACAUAUAGAUCAGUACGAUCCGUUCAUAGACCUGUCACCCGAUCCAUUGUUCAAAUACGUUAAUGAAGAUACAUUCAAGACCAGACCCACAUUCUCAAAGUUCAUUACAUUACUGGAUAACUACGAUCCUGAAGUUGAUAUGACUGAGAUCGUCACAGAAGAAGAUAGGGAGGAAGAUGAUUUUAUCAAUGAAUUGCUAAAAACGAAAAUCAUGAAAAUGACUUAUGAUUUCCUAGUUGAAAAACAAAAGAUAUCAGGAGGAAUUGAUGAUUUUGGAAAACUCUUGAAGGAUUUGUGGUUCAAGCGAUAUAAACUUAGACGUGGAGAUUCAUCCGCAUUUGAGCAUAUAUUUGUUGGUGAACAUAAAGGAUCCAAGAUGCUUGGAUUACAUAAUUGGAUUCAAUUUUAUUUGAAAGAAAAGAAGAAGGAAAUAAAUUAUUAUGGAUGGAAGAAGAGUACUCUUCAUGAACAUUUAAUCACGAUAGAAUAUCUUGAUGAAAAUAAAUAUAGAAAACCGAUGGGUUCAGUUUUUGUUGGAUCAUCACCAGAAUUUGAUAUUGCUAUUUAUACAGUUACAUUUUUAUUAAGUGCUAGACGUUGCACUACAGUAAAAAUUGAUGGAUGUGAAAUACAAAUAAUUUGUGAAAAAUUAACACCUACUGAAAUGAGUACAUGUUAUAUGACAUAACAUAAACGAAUGAAAUUUAUUACCAAAAUAUUAAAAGAACAAUGAAUUGUUUCAUCAUAAUAUUGAUUAAAUAAAAUAUUUUAAUGAAAUCUUUAUUCUAUACUUUUAUAUUAGAGAAAUAUUAUAGAAAAACUAUUUAAUAGAAGGUAGUAGUAUCAAAUGAAACAUGAUAAGAAUGAAACGGCCGUCCAGUGCUUCCAAGUUUUCCAUGAUGGUCUAGCUUCACAAUUGACUCAUGGGUUCAACUGUUGAAAUUACUACAAUCUUCAUAAAACCCCUUCUGAUACAAGAUAAGUUGUCUAGAUUUUUGUAUUGACGAUGAUAUUAUUGAUUGAUUGGUAGAUUGAUUUCAUAAAUGUGAUUAUCUACUAGAUUCAAACUUUAAAAUCGAUAGCUGGAAGGAUUGUUUAACAUAAAAUAUCUAUGAUUAUGUUACUAGGUACAUUUUGAGUCAUAAAUUUGAAGUGGAUAAAAUUAGGCUAAAGUUUAUACUAUAGUUAUUUAAGGUCAUGUAUCAUAUUGAUCUUCACACUUUAAAGAAGAGAAUAUUUCAAAGUGAUAUUAGUUUUCAAAACUGGUUAACAUAGUGUAAGUAGCGAUACACUGUAAAUCAUUGAUAUUAAUCUGUGAAGGUGGAGUUGUAAGCAGUUAAGUGAAUAGGUUGAAACGACUUUAUUGAUGUAAUAAAUUAUAUGAUAUAGAAAGUCGGUUUUCAUCAGUGUUUCAUAUAAUAGCUUCAUCGUGUCUUUAGUAAUACAAUCUAUGAAGAUAUUAUUAACUCUAUUAACUAGGCUAUUUAUCAAGCACCGUUUCUAUUGAACUGGAAAAUAUGUGCAUAAACUAAGAUACUAUAGUAGUGGACGAGAACACAAGUGAGGACAACCGAAUGGAUUCGAACACAACAUUACAGAAAGUCGUAGAAAAAUAUAAGAAUCAUACAUUGAAUACUCAAUUUGCAAAAUGUCAAUCAAUUGUCUCAGACUUCACUGUUCCUUCAUGUCCACAGCAAUCAUUCACUGUUCUCGUUCUCUUUUCUUCGAUCUUCUUUACCUUCUCCCACCAGACAUUUCACUUUUGAAUGAUGAUACAUACUACUUAUAUCUAUCGACAACGGUAGCACACACCACACUAUCCUAUCUAUUUCAACCAUUCUCAGUCGCUUACCAUUUUGGGGCAGAGGAAUCCUAGAGACUCUCAAUCUGCAUAAAUUAGUUUUAAAAACUAAGAAUAAGAAAUUUCUCAAAAUCAAUGAGCUUGGAGCCUAAAUAAAACCCCACAUGUAUUAAUAGCAGCUCGUGUACUACAUCGAAAUAAAUCUUACAGUAAUAAUGGAAGAUUUG